GUGCGAAACGCAACCUCGACGAGUCAUCGGCGGACUGCCGACGCUUCACGACAAGGGCGAGUGGGAGCCCCUAUCCUCCUAUCCAUUGGACGGGAAGGUGGAGGAGCUCGGAGCUUUUGACGAGCGCACGGGCCAACCACUUCCCUUGAACAAGGUGAAGACCGCAAGAGCGCGUGAACUGAGCAAAAUGGAGGAGCACGAGGUGAAGAAGGACAUCUCGUGGGACGAAGCCCGACGGCAAGGGCUGAAGAUCGUCCGAAAUCGAUGGGUUGACGGUUGGAAGCCUCUGCCCAACGACCCAAACGGAGUACGCAGCCGAUGCGUAGCUCAGGAGAUCAAUGAUCACGAGAGGGACGACGUGUUCAGCGGAACACCUCCCUUGAGAGUUCAUCGGAUGAUUCUCUCAGCGGCCGCUACGGCCAAGAAGGUGGAAGUUUGGCACUUUGAUUACCAAGAGCAGCCCGACGAGGCAGUCGUGCUUACGGACUCCGAUUGGGGAGCCUGCAAACGGACACGCAAGUCAAUGUCCAGCUAUGCAGAGCGCUUCGGAAAGCACCUCAUUGAUUCUUCGUGUGCGAAGCAGUCAGUGAUAGCCCUAAGUUCGGGAGAGGCUGAGUUUUAUGCUCUGGUAAGAGGCGCUGCCGCUGGACUUCUCACAGUCCAGAUUUGGGAGCGUGUAGGCUUCAAAGGGACGAAACUUACGAUGAAGACCGAUUCGAGCGCAGCGAAAGGAAUCGCUACACGUAAAGGCUCUGGGAAGGUUAAGCAUCUUUCCAUGAAAGAGCUCUGGGUACAAGACUGUGUCCAGAAGAAUCAGCUUAGAGUUCAGAAGGAACCUACUAAGACUAAUUGGGCGGAUUUGGGUACGAAAGCGCUAUCCGGCUCAAGAGUGUCAGAGCUAGUAAAGGGCAUGCCGCUCACAAGGGGCUUGGUCAUGGCGUGCCUGUUCGCUUCCUUUGGGGUGGCUACGGGGCAGCCAAAGGAAGACAAGCUCGAGAACAUUGACUUGGCAUUCUUUGCCUACAUGUUGAUCAUCCAUAUCCUCGCGAUCCAGUCCAUUUUGUUCUGGAUCAGAUCCACCUGUGCUUGGUGUACGAGACCUCGCACAACAACAAAAGCGGCCUAUCUUCCGGGCCGAACGAACCGACAAGACCCUGGUCAGAACGUGCAAGUCUACACUACCCGUAAGGGCAAGAAGUUUCACAAGAGACACUGUAGACGCCUGGGCCAAGGUCAUGUCAACACAUGGCAGCGGAUUGAUGCCAUUAAUCGUGGUAUCACUCCUUGUGCAGACUGCCAUCCGUAA